AUGGAUGAACAGACCCCACUCAUGAAGUUCUUUAAUCAAUUACGUCUUAAGUGCGGCACAUCUCCAUCAAUACAACUAAGCGACGGGAUACAUCUUACAGGAGUUCCAAACGAUGAUCUAUAUGAUGCUAUUACUCGUGGAGAUUUAAGUAAAUGCCAGGAGCUUCUUGAAAUGGGUGUAAUGGAUCAACAAGAAGGAGACGGUGCAAGCUUCCCUUCUCAUGAAGCAGUUAAACUCACUUCGCCUCUACACUACGCAGUGAUGCGCCGAGAGCCUGAGAUUAUUAAGCUACUUCUAAAGUAUGGUGCUGAUCCAAAUUGUGUGGAUACUGAAGGCAAGACAGCAAUACAUUCAUUGAUUCUAUGCUGGCCUCGAUGCGUACCUAAAGGUAACCCAUCCAAGUUACACGGAACCGCUGCAUAUCAAAAGCAUCUCCAAGAAGUAGACAAGGUAUGCCGAUAUAGUCUUUGGAGACUAUGUGCCUUUGGUGGCAACCCAAACGCACGGGACAACAGGCAGCAGUCACCGCUACACUAUGCAGCUAGAUUUGAUAUCCCUAGUGCAGCUACAGUACUUCUUGAAUGGGGUGCUCAUAAUGACUCCAUUGAUAUAGACCGUAAGACACCUCUGAUGCUAGCAGCAGCCACGGGAGAAGAAAGCCUGGAGGUUCUUCUGCAAUCAAAACCAAACGUCCAUCUCACAUGUAUUGAUGGAAAGACAGCACUUCAUCAUGCAGUUGAGUCAAGAUGCCCAAAGCAUAAGAAGCAGCUUUGUGUCAAGCUGCUUCUUCAAGGAGGUGCUAACCCUGAUGUAGUGGAUAACACCAGAAGCACAGCUCUCCAUUAUGUAUGUACUAAGCUACCAGACGAGACCAUCAUCCAGUGUUUACUACGAGCACGAGCCAAUCCUGACAUCCGAGAUGCAAAUCUUAUGACUCCUCUUCAUCUACUACUCCAAAACACAAACAAUCUCCUCACAAAAGACACAAUCCUAGACCUCAUUGAUGCAACUCUUUCUUAUGGAAUACCAAACAGACAAGUUCCGUUGGCACCCAACCUUCCGUGGCUUACGUUUCCUGUUGGAGCAAUUCUUACAGACCACUCCCCUCCAUCUCUGCAGAGAAUCUGCAGGAAGAUAACCCGCAACCAGAUACUGAAGAGUCUUGGGAGUCAUUAUCAAGAUACCAAGACGGAGCAGAUCAUGGAGGAUGCAGUUACUUGGUUACCGCUUCCAAAGUCACUACAAAGAUUCAUCGUACUGGAUGCAACAAACCCAGUUCGGCAAAUGAUUCUGGGAAUUAAACAAAUCCAGAACAGUCAGUGA